CAACAAGUAGUGAACAAGACGUGAAAAUUAAAAAAUAAAUAUGGCGAUGUCAAAAAUGGACAUAGGUCCUCUGAAGGACACAAUGAACUGUUCAAUCUGCAUGGAGACUUUAGAUGAUCCCAGAUCUCUGCCGUGUAUGCAUAUCUUUUGCAAAAAAUGUAUUCAGGGUAUAAUUGAUAGACAUAAAGGUGGGAGAAACUUUCCUUGUCCUAUCUGCCGAGAUGACUGCCCAAUACCACACCAAGGGGCUGCUGGCUUGAAGGUGAACUUUUUUGCAAAUUCUGUUUUGGAAGCAAUGAAAGGACUUGAGGAAACAAUAUGGAACUGUGAAUUAUGCGUACAAGGUGGGAAAAUUAUCCCUGCUGUGUUACAAUGUAUGGAAUGUAAUGAGAAGUUGUGCCAAUCUUGCGGACAAUCACAUAAACGCUCUCGUUUAUCAAAGUCUCACCUGAUACUUGACCUUACAGGUGACAGGUCCCUCAAUGCAAAAGCUACUAUAAAUAUGUUGUCACAGCGCACUCUAUACUGUCAAGAACAUAUCAAUGAACCAUUGAAAUAUUUCUGUAAGAAUGACCAGCAUCUUAUCUGUCAAGAUUGCUUCGCUUUUAGCCACCAAGGCCAUAAAUUAGAAAACAUAGAGCAAAGAGCCAAAGUCAGUAAAGAGAAUCUGAGCUCUAUCGUCGACUUAGGAAAACAAAGGCUAGACAAGUACACAGAGGGCAUCAAAACUGGUUAUAGAAAAAGGGACAACAUUCAGAAAAACAUUGAUGACUCUAUGGCCACGUUGGAUGGUGAGCAAAGAGAGAUGCAUGCUGCAGUAGAUGCCCAUAUCAAUGCAAUGAAGGCCAGAAUAAAUAACAUUGGUGGCAAAACUAUUAACAAUAUUAACGCUCGUAUCACUGAACUGGAGACAGAGAAAAAAGCACUCGAUGACACUGUACUGCAGCUAGAGACAUUGAGACAGCAUGGUCAUGCUGCUGAUAUUGUCUACAUGGUGCCUGAGAUAAACAGCAAGAAAGAGGCAUGGUCAUCUACUGCACCAGAAAUCGACAUAAACAUUCAGGGUAGAAUUUACGUCGAUCCAAGUAGAGUUAAUAGAGGAGGUUUCACUUUUGGUUCAGUUUGGGGAGAGAGGUGAUUUAUCCUUCAAAUGUUCUUGAUAUAAACCAUUGGAAAGUACA